AUGGCAGGGCGAGAUUUACCUUACGAUCUAGUUAAUUCCUGCGGCUAUCACGCCUCCGUUCUUGUCUCUAGUAUAUUGGAUGUAAUACUUCCUACACCUGCAGGGCGAAGCUUAACACUUGCGUUAUGUAACUCUCUGUGGCUGAUGCUUGGUAGAAGAGUUGCGGAGGUACCCUCUUUGACCCAUUGUCUCGAACAAUCCUCAUUGUUGAUCACUCCUCCCGCUCUCUACCAGAAGCCUUACAUCAAGCCAAUGAAUUUUGAAAAUCAUAUUAGAGAUUACUUUCAGUUAAACGAUUGCUUAGAAUGGAGUGUAUUAGAAGUCCUACGCUACAUAUCAGAUAACGCUAUCAAGCUUCUUGAAAACCUGCCAAGAAAACUAAGACGAAAAGAUUUAUUAAAGUUCCUUGAAAAUCAGGACUUGAAAUUUGCUGAGGGUCGAUAUAAAGUCAAUGUUGAAUUAAGUGUUGUUACUGACAAAACGGCCAUGACAGGAAAGACUACCGAAAAAUUUGUAAGAGUAAGGACUCAGACUACUGUUAAUAAUGAACAAAAUAAACAGGAAGAGAAUGAAGGCGGAGAUGUAGUUGCCGAUGAAAGUAGUACGAUGUGUGUUAAGGAUAUCCUUGAAGACUCGAUUCAAGUUUCAUCUGUCAUAAAGGAAGUUACAAAAAUCUUUUUAAGUCAAUAUCCUAAGACAUCUAUAAUGGACCUACUUUUUGACGAAAUUGACAACUAUAUUACUGAUGAUAUCCACGAAUAUCUUACGUCGUUUUUCAAUGAAUAUUUCACUGCGCAGGGUUGGGAUAAUGCCAUCAACAAUAUGGAUUUUAAUAGAUGUGAUUCAGAAAACUUAAAGAAUAUUAAAAAAUUAAUACAGGAAACUUUACCCAAAUUUUUAAAGGCGUUUUCAUUGGGGGAUCUUAAUCCUUUGAGGGAUAUUACAAUCCUGGAGAAACCGCAUCUUAAUCAGUUUGUACACCCUAUAAUUGAUUCGGCAUUGUGGAAUUUUGCCAAGGUUAAUUACAUAUUUGGUGAAAUUCCUCUGAAAGGUCUUGGAACUAGAAUACGGGCCGAUGGAGUAGGAUUUCUCAAUGACGUGAUAAACUAUCCUAUAGUUUGUGGUGAGGGAACUAGACCGGGUGCACCGCAGAAAAAAAGCGUGGAUGAUGAUAUCAAGAAUGCAAGUAGUAUGGCAGUAUUAUAUAAUAAUAUUGUCAUAGAAGAAGCUGAUGUACGCCGACAACUUUUUAAAGACUUAAGAGUUUAUGGUUUAACUGCAUUUAAAACCGAAUUGUCACUAACAAUGAUGGAUUUUAGAAGUGUACAUAGGUUAUUCGAGGUUGAUCAUUUCUGCCUACCGAAAAACUGGGUUGAUAUGCCAAACUUUGUGUGGUUAUAUGAGGCAAUAGUCAAAUGGGCUGAGAGAUUAACUUUGCUAUACCUAUUCCAUCGAAUAUGCCUUGAAAUGCAUAUCAUUCGGGGUGCGACAAAAUAUCCUGCGUGUCCUACUUGCAAAACCGGUAUUGAGAUUUUUAGAGAAGAAACCGCACUUGCUUCUGGAGAAUGUGGACUAACUGCAUAUCUUUUUCCGAACUUGGCUAACGUAAUUAUCGAUGAUAAUGGCGAAUUGGAGAUUAUGCGAAAUAUGGGGUUGAUAGAAGAGGACUCCGCUACAGCUGAGAAAAUAAAACCGGCUAUAAGCCAUAUUGGCAAUGAAAAGGGUACAAAUAACUUGGUGCAAGUCAAUACAACCGAUCAAACUGAUACGAAUGAUACCAUCGUGCAGGAUCAAUCCACAAGUAAAUGGAGUUACAUCACUGAUUCACAAUCUCGAACGUCUCGACAGGUAUCUCCCAAGAUUUCUCGUGAGCAGGAUAAAUUUCAGGAAUUAUUGCAAGUUAUCUACACCUAUCAAAGGGAGCCUACCGAAACUAAUAAUAAUGAGGAAAUAGAGGGUUCGAUUUCGCACGGUUUAGCACGAUUAUAUCAAAAGGCAAUGAAGGCCGGAUAA